AUGGUCCCGUCUUGCCUCGACAGCUUCCGACUCACGUUCACGGACGAGCAGCGAAACCGACGCGACCUUCCCGAACUCACGACGCUUACGGACCGCAUUCGCAUCCAGCUUCGUUCGGCAGGACUCUCGACCUCGCAUUCGGCCAUGCUUGCCACCAGCUCCCCCUGCCCCGCCUGCCGCGCUCCCGGUCACCGCCUGCGCGACUGCACUUCACGUGCGAAGCACCCGCCCACCGGCCCCUGCCGCCGAUGCCACAAGAAAGGUCACUGGGCACUCGACUGCAAGAACCGGGGUGAACAGGCACGUAGCAGCGACGACACCCAGGACGACACGUCUUCCUCCGCGGCCUCGCAACCGAACGUCGGCUAUUUCGCCUCCUGCCUCUUCGCUCGUCGCCAACUCCCAACUGACGCCUUUGUAGUCGAUUCGGGUGCCACGACACACAUGGUCGCCGACCGAUCUCUAUUCACGACUUAUCGUCAGACGGCACACACCAAGAUCGGCGGCAUCGCGGGCGGCAUCACGGCUAUCGGCAUGGGGGACGUGGCAUUCGUCGCCAAGACUGGACACCCGAUCACGCUCCGUGGUGUUCUUCACACGCCUGGCCUACACGUCAACCUCCUCUCUGUCUCUCGCCUCUGCGACACCGACCGCGUUCGUCUCGCCUUCACCAGCGACGGCAUCGACAUCGCCAAGGACGGCCGGGCCAUUGCUCACGGUACCAGGGUCAACGACGGUCUUUACCUUUUGGACGCGGAUCACACCAAGUGUCAGCAUCUUGCCUUCCUCUCACGCUCUGAGUCUCCCGUGCCCCUGCUUACCCUACACCGCUGCCUCGGCCAUCUUGCCCCAUCCUCUAUACAGAAGAUGAUUGCUGCAGGUUUGCUGGACGGGUUUGGGGCCGGGUACAGUGACAAAGACGUAGAGGAGUUUGUUUGCAAUGCUUGCCUUGGUUCCAAAGGUCACCGCCUUCCCUUUCCCGACUCUGAGUCGCAUUCCGCCGAGAGACUUGGCCUCGUGCACAGCGACGUCCUGUCGUUCCCCACUCCGUCCUUGACCGGGAAGCGCUACCUUGUCACGUUUCUAGACGACCACUCUCGCAAACUCUGGGCAUAUGCGAUCGAUCACAAAAGCGAUGUUUUCCCGACCUUCCAGACUUGGCUCGCCGAAGUGGAGUUAGAGACGAACGCGCGGUUGAGGAUCCUUCGAACCGACAAUGGCGGGGAGUACCGAUCAAACGCAUUCACGGAGUUCUGCAAAUCCAAGGGCAUUCGUCGUCAAUACUCUAUCCCUUACACGCCUCAACAAAACGGUCGCGCCGAACGUGUCAACCUCUCCAUCGUCGAGGGCGUCCUCGCUCUCCUUGCGGACGCCCGUCUGCCGGCCACCUUUUGGGAUGAAGCGGCUGCGUAUUUCGUUUAUUGCAAAAACAGGUGCUCACACUCAGCUUUGGCCAAACAGACUCCAGAAUCCGUUUGGAAUGGCCAACGCACCACCGCCACCGCCCUCCACCCGUUCGGCUGCACAGCCUGGCUCACGGUCGCCCCGGACCUUCGCAGCAAGCUCGACCCCAAGGCCGCGCGCGUGAUCUUCACAGGUUACGACCUCGCCUCCAAAGCUUUCCGUUUCUUUGACCAUUCCAUCAACAAGAUUGUACUUGGUCGCAAUGCCACCUUCCUCGACGACGACUUCCCCGGCCUGCCAGUCACCACGCCCGUCGAUGCAGACGACACCGACCGUCAGUUCGUCGUUCCCGCCGACACGCCCGCCCCUGCCGUCAAGACGAGGACCCCACUAGUAAGGUCGGCGCACAUGGACGUCUCAUCCUCCCUUGAUGAUUCUGCCAUGAGCGCCGUUGACGUGGCCCCAGGGUACACUGGCGGAACCUUACUUAAUUCCACAGAUACCGAAUCGUCCUCGUCACCGUCUCCUGAGCCGUCCUCGUCACCGUCGCCCACAAACCCUUUGUCACCGUCGCCUGCGCUGUCACCGUCGUUGGCAGCGUCAUCGUCACCCUCGGUCUCACCGACCGACUCUGACUACUCCGCCGACCCUCUGGACCUCAUCGGCUCACAGACCCCGACUCGCCUUGGCCCACCGGACGUGCACCGCCCAGACUUCAGCACGUACCGUGAGCCCGCAUCGGCUGAGGAGUCGCCCGACGAACUCGACAUCAUUGGGCGUCACUCGCGCGAUGAAUCGCCGGAUGAAAUCGAUUUCCUCACCCAACACCACCGCGCCUUCAUCGCCACAGACGACGACGACCCCACCCUCGACGCCAUCGAGCCCGUCAAAUCGAUCACUAGCGACCCCCAGACCUGGCGCGAAGCAAUGUCCAGCGACGAGCACAACAUCUGGGCUGAGGCCGCCGCCGCCGAGUUCACCGCCAUGCGCGACGACUUCAAGGUGUUCACCAUCGAGCCUCGCUCAUCUGUACCGCCGGGCGCCACCAUCGUCACCUCCAAAUUCGUCUGGAAGACCAAGCGCAACGCAAGCGGUGAAGUCACGGGGCGGAAGGCACGUCUUGUAGCGCAGGGUAACCGACAGCGCGACGGCAUCGACUUCUCAGAAACCUUCGCACCCGUCGCCCGUUUCUCCUCCAUUCGCUGCCUCCUGGCUCUUGCCGCUGCCAAUGGCUACCACGUUCAUCAGGCCGACAUCGACAAGGCUUACCUCCACGGCGAGCUCGAUCAUGAUAUCUGGAUGACGACACCACGCGGUUUCGACUUCCCGAGCGAUAAGGUUCUCCGGCUGCGACGCUCAAUCUACGGUCUCAAGCAGGCCGGUCGCAUCUGGAAUCGUCACAUUGACACAUCACUCAGGAAUCUGGGGUACAAGGCAACAGGCACUGAUCACUGCAUUUACUCUCGCAUUGACGAUCAGCAGCGGCCUCACUAUAUCGCCUUGUAUGUCGACGACCUCCUCAUUGUCAGUCCAGCCCUCGACGAGAUCGAACGUGUCAUCUCCGGCCUUGAACAGCGGUACGGCGUCAAACGACUCGGCCCCGCGGAGUACAUCCUCGGAAUCCAAAUACGCCGCCUGGACGACGGUUCCAUUGCUCUAUCCCAGGAGCGCUACAUCAUGGACGUGCUGGCCCGUUUCCACUUCGACACCACGACACGCGGCACUACGGUGCCGAUGACGCCCGGCCUCUCGCUCACGGCAAUUCCGGGUCAGGGAACGGAGCGCAUUCGUUCGUGGUACCUACAGGCCAUCGGCUCCCUCCUCUACAUCUCCCUUGGCACUCGACCCGACAUUGCCUUCGCCGUCUCGUACCUGUCCCGGUUCGCCAACAACCCCGGCCGCCGCCAUUGGAUUGCCGUCAAACACGUCCUUCGCUACCUUCGCGCCACGUACCGCGAUGAGCUUCUCUAUGCCCGCGGCCCAGCAAAAGUCACGGGUGUGGUUGGUUAUUCUGAUGCGAACUGGGGCGCCUGCGUCGACACAUCCAUUUCAACGAUGGGCUACGUAUUUUACUUGGCAGGCGCCGCUGUCUCUUGGUCGUCGAAGCGUCAGACUCGGGUAGCGGAUUCCACCACUGAUGCCGAGUACCUGGCCUUGUCGCACGCGGGUAAGGAAGCGAUCUACCUUAACCAACUCCUCUCCGAGCUCCACGUUUGCCCAAUCGCUGCAGCUCACAUCUUCACCGACAACGAGGCCGCGGCCGCCGUCGCUCACGACCCCGUUCGCACCUCCGGCACCCGGCACAUUCGCCUCCGCGAGCAUUUUGUCCGUGACAUGGUCAAUCGAGGUGAUAUCUCUCUCUCACACGUUGGCACAGCAGACAUGGUUGCGGACGUAUUCACCAAAGCGCUAGGCCCCAAGAUUUUUGGUACACAUUGCUAUGCUCUAGGCCUCCGGACGCGACAUCCACGGCUCAAGUCUACCUCGCGUUCGCGUGGGGGGGGUGUGAGGAAUCCACUCUCCGCUCGGCUCAGGACUUAGGCGCGCGGAGCGAACCGGGCGCGGACUUAGGCGCGCGGAGUGAGCCGGGCGCCCCGGCCCAGGACUUAGGCGCGCGAAGCGAGCCUGGGACUUAG